AUAAAUUAUCAUGUGCAGAAACACCACAAGCCGCACUCUUUCCAGCAGGGUUUGUGGUUGGCACAGCACUCAGUCUGGACCACUGCUGCUCCUGUUGUUCAGGUCUGACCAUGGAGAUGGGCCAGCCAGUGGGGAUGCGGCUGAGCCAUGGGCAAGCUGGGUUGUGCUCCCUAGGGGUCCAACAGCCAGCCCAGGGAGGUGCAGUCUGUGGCAACCAGAGCACAUGGAAACCUCUCAGAGCAAACUCCUUCAACAUCCCAAAUGCUUGGCAAAUCUUGGGCACUCAUAUCCCCAGGAGUGGUGGAAAGUGACACAGCCAGCUGUCAGGAUGCCAGUGUGCUUCAUGGCGUUGCAACUGGGGAAAUUUCAGUGCUCGUUAAUUGUGGCAUCUCCCGGGACCAUGUGAGAGGACAAAGUAGCCCCAGCUGCAGAAGAUGGAGCUGGAAACCUGGUACUCAGUCCUUCCUUGCUUUCCAAAGCACCCUUUGGUUAUGAGUGUGCUGGUAGGUUCAAUCCUGUUUUUUACCAGGGGAAUUCAUUUCAGCUCAUUUCCAUAUUUCCUGUGGAUAGAAUGUUUUCCAUUUCUAAGUGGACUUGAUUAAAAGGAAGGAAAGGUUGUGUGAAAGAGUUAAUAGCAGGACAAUGGAGAAAACUCAUUCUUCUCUCAAUCUCUGGGAAGAGAAAAAGCAAAAAUUCUGUCACAAGUGCACUUUUUUUUUCUGCACCCUGAUUUGGUCUGAAGUUGAACUAAAAGUUAUUGCUUGCAGUACUGUGGGCUGGGACUUGGGAUGGGAGCACGUGUCCCCCAGGGCAUGCAGCCACUGUGGAGGGGAUUCCCUUGCCCAUCUGGAGGAAUGCUGGUAGAUGAAGGGUGUCUGCUGCUCCUGAGGGACCUGCUGUGCCAGAGCCAUAGGGGUCAACUUCCCUGGCCUCAUCUGAAGAAGGGAAAGGGGACGUCCUUCACAGGCACAUGUCCUUAGAUUUUUGGAUGUGAUGGCAUGCUGCUAGGCCCAAUGAUUGCAACAUCCCUGGGGUCAGGCUGCAAACUGCUGCCCAGCUAUCAGCUGGAUUUCUACAAAACUAGCCCACACUUUUCCAAGGAAACGUCCGUUCAAUGCCCUGGGGACACUGCUGGCUGCUAGCCCUGGUUUAGCACCGUUUUAAUAUGCUUUUGAAGCUGGACACAGAUCCAAGCCUGUGGCCCAAUUGGACAGCAGAGAGGAUGAACCUGGGAUGUUGGGCCUGAUAACAGCCCCUGGGGCUGGCGGCUGGGAACGGGGGUCCCCGGCGGCAGGGGGGAACCCUGACUUGCUGGUUCCCCAUACUGGAGUGCACGAGGUCGGACAAACUGCAGCUGUGUGGAGCCAUAUACGGUCAGCAGGCGCCUUGCACAAGCCAUACCAUUAUCAUUAAGUCUUUGCUGGCGCAGCCAACCAGCCUCCAGCUUGCAAGGCUCUGUAGAGCAGCCGGGCUGUUCCUGAGAUGGAUGUGCGUUUCCCUUCCUCUAAGGAGGGGGAGGGAAUCGGCUCUUCUGCUGCUCAGGGUAAUUGCCUGGGAGGGAAGAGGAGAGAGGAAGAGAUAAAACAAAGAAGAAAUGUCUCUGGUGUGCAGAUUCACAAGAUGCCUCAGCUGAGCUGAGGUAUGAAGACAGGUCCCUUCCCAGCACCCCCUUUCCUGGGGGCCUCUGGCUGGUUUUCAAAAUCCCAGGUGAGCUCCCUCAUGGGGGCACCAAGGAGGCAUGUUGGAGAGCCAAAACAGGUUUGAUCCCCUGUGAACUGUCACACAGCAGGAUUUGUCCCUCAACACCCUUGCUCUCUUGGAAAGCAUCUUUAGUAGGUUUGAAAUGCCUUGAAAAUUUGCCUUUUGGUGUCCUUAUCUCCUGGUGCUACAUGCACAGCUCUGCAAAGUCCACUUACCUCUAUGCCUGGACAGUUAUUUACAUCCACCAGGUUCACACUGGUUCUAAAGCUUUUAAGCUGUGGGAAAAAUGCUUUCUUCAGUCCAACAAACACCUGGCUCUUUUGUGGCUGGGGUGUCUCUUCCCACCCCCAAAACACAGAGAGUUUUGUUUCACUUUCUGGUGUCACCUCCCAACACUUCUUGUCUCCUCCCUGUUGGUCUGGCUGCCCCUCAGCCAAAGCACAUGGUACCCUGAGGCUCUCCAAAUGUCCGGAGGAGCCGCAGGGACAGGGUGCAGGUGAGCCCAGCAGCAGUCCUGCCUCUCCUUGAGAUCACCAGCUUAUCCCCUUUCCUUUGUUUUAACAUCAUCUUCCACAGAUGCACCUAAAUUUGUGUUGGCAUGAAAAACAGCACCUGUUGUGCUGUUGGGUUUAUGAGGUUUCAGUUCAGCACAGUCUGCAGGUUUUUUUUUUUCCACUGACCUUGGAUUUUGUUUAUCCAAAGAGUCAUUAUUUGAUGUAUCUGCCUUCAUAGUGUGGACAGGCCCCUCCACUGAUGUAAUUUGUAAUCAGUGGAGCCAUAGCUUUUUUUUUUAUAUUUGUCUCAACUUGAGACAACUUCCUACAGCCAAGCUUAUGAUAUUUUCUCGUGAUCAUUCACACAAAGAUUCUGUCAGAGAAGCUGUGUGUGAAAGGCAGGGUGAUGGAGGUGGCAGCCAGUCCUGCACAGCCCCACAAAGGACAGGUCUCCUGCCUUUGUACAGCCAACUUGAGUGCAAACCACUUGCACAGGCUGGGUUUGUGCUGUCAACUGUUUGUGCUUUGGAGCCAUCCUGGACAAUCCAUCAAUUUGCUAUUUAAUGACAGGUCUUGGUCCCCUUUGGGAGCAGGUUACAGCUGCAGCUGUAGUAGGAUCAACCCCCAGGCAUUUUGCCUCUCUCUCUCCAAUAGCAACUAAUGCUCCCAGUGUGAUGAGGGGUUUGGCAGCACCUGUUUCUGGGUCUGAGUUCAGCAGCACGGGAUUCAUCUCCAGUGCUGGCCAUGGAGAGCAAAUGGUCUACAAUACUCUGGGGGCCUUGAUGUGGGGGUCCAGCUCCCCACUGCUACAGGUCCUGAGGCUCUCCUGCCAUCCUGCAGGAUGUGAAGAUGCUCAUCUCCAGGCAUCCCUAAGGACUUGCACUCCUGCUUCUACCUUCUGGGCUCGACAGCUUUGACCCCAUUCCUGCUCCCUGCCCUGAGCAUGGCCCAGAGGAGUUGUUCCCAGUCUGUAGGUGUCCCUGUGGGAUUUUUCUCAGCUUGCUCCUCAGGUUCCUGACUGGGUUGAGUAGAAAGCCCUGAAAGUCAGGGAGAAAGGUGCUUCUCCAAAAAUGUGGUGCAUUCAUGGUGCACCAUCCCUGGGUGGCUAUGGAACAGCUCCAGCUCUGACCUGUGGUGAGGACUCCCCUGUUUAGCAGGACAGCACAGGCCAGCUCACACAGGUGGGGAUGCAAUGGGAAUGCAUGUCCCCCUGCCCCAGCUUUCUUGCCCCAGGAACCAGGAGGGAGCAGUCUGGCAGGUGCCCCGAUCACCCCUGCCCCACAGAGAAGGCUGAACCCCAAGUGGGGGGCACUGACUGGGCCAGGGCUCCCUGCGUGAGGCUUGAAGAGAUCCCAGGAACCGGUGGCCAGGGUGCCAUGGCAGGUACAGCCACAUCCAGAAAAUGGGUAAGGAGAAAUGCCUCAUUUGUUUCUGACUCACAGCUGACAGCUCCUGAUCCCUCCCUCCGUCCUCAGGCUGGAGAAGUCUCCUCCUCACCCUUACCCUCCUGCCUGCUCUUCCUCCCACAGAAACCAAGGGGAGAGUGGUAAAAAGAUAUCUUCAGUGACUCCUGCCUCCGGACUGCAGCCUCUCUGUGCUGCUGGGUUCUCCUUCCCUGCUUUUUUUCUUCGAUCCAGCUUGAUGUUAGUCUGAACCAAGAAAAAUGAGGCUGCGGGACUUUCUAUUCUCUUUGCUGCUCUUGACCGUCUUCCUGGGGGGGGGCUCAUGGGCUCAGCGCCCAGAAAUCACCACCCGGGUCGCAAACGCAGAAGACUGCCCUGUGGACCUGUUCUUUGUCCUGGACACCUCGGAGAGUGUCGCUCUGAGGGUGAAGCCCUUUGGGGACCUGGUUGCCCAAGUGAAAGAUUUCACCAACCGGUUCAUUGAUAAGCUGACAAACAGGUACUACCGCUGUGACCGCAAUCUGGUGUGGAACGCUGGGGCACUGCACUACAGCGAUGAGGUUGUGCUCAUUAAGAGCCUCACCCCUAUGCCCAGCGGCCGGAAUGAGCUGAAGAACCGUGUCUCGGCCGUGAACUACAUUGGGAAGGGCACAUACACUGACUGUGCCAUAAAGCGGGGCAUUGAGGAGCUGCUCAUCAGUGGCUCCCACCACAAGGAGAAUAAAUACCUGAUCGUGGUGACUGAUGGACACCCCUUGGAAGGGUACAAGGAACCCUGUGGAGGCCUGGAUGAUGCUGCCAAUGAAGCCAAACAUUUGGGGAUCAAAGUGUUCUCUGUCGCCAUUUCUCCCAACCACCUGGACCAGCGUCUCAAUAUCAUCGCCACAGACCAUGCCUACCGCCGCAACUUCACUGCCACCAGCCUGAAGCCAACCAGGGAGCUCGAUGUGGAGGAAACCAUCAACACCAUCAUCGACAUGAUUAAAGCUAACACGGAGCAAUCGUGCUGCUCCUUUGAGUGCCAGCCUCCCCGAGGGCCCCCUGGACUUCCUGGCGACCCAGGCAAUGAGGGAGAAAGAGGCAAGCCAGGUCUUCCUGGCCAGAAAGGUGAUGCUGGAGACCCAGGCAGGCCAGGGGACAUGGGACCUGUUGGCUACCAAGGAAUGAAGGGUGACAAAGGAAGCCGAGGAGAAAAGGGCUCGAGAGGAGCCAAAGGAGCCAAGGGUGAGAAGGGCAGGCGUGGAAUUGAUGGCAUUGAUGGCAUGAAGGGUGAAGCUGGAUACCCUGGCUUACCUGGCUGCAAAGGCUCACCUGGAUUCGAUGGAGCUCAAGGCCCGCCUGGACCAAAGGGAGAUCCUGGUGCUUAUGGACCCAAGGGAGGAAAGGGGGAGCCUGGGGACGAUGGAAAACCUGGCCGACAGGGGAUUCCCGGCAGCCCUGGAGAGAAGGGCAUGCCUGGAAACCAGGGUGAGCCUGGACCUGCAGGAGAGACAGGCGAUGAGGGUGCUCCUGGCAUGGAUGGUCCUCCUGGAGAACGGGGCAGCAAUGGAGAAAGAGGACCCCCAGGCUCGCCGGGUGACCGCGGGCCAAGAGGAGAGCCGGGAGAGCCUGGACCACCUGGUGACCAAGGGCGGGAAGGACCCCUCGGACCACCUGGUGACCAGGGCGAGCCUGGACCACCAGGACCCAAGGGCUACAGGGGAGAUGACGGCCCUCGCGGCAAUGAGGGCCCAAAGGGAUUGCCUGGAGCACCUGGGCUGCCUGGAGACCCUGGCCUGAUGGGAGAAAGGGGGGAGGAUGGCCCUCCUGGGAAUGGUACGGUUGGAUUCACAGGUGCCCCGGGGCAACCAGGAGACAGAGGUGACCCUGGAAUUAAUGGAACGAAAGGCUAUGUUGGUCCUAAAGGUGAUGAAGGAGAAGCUGGUGACCCUGGCAAUGAUAACCUAACCCCCGGCCCCAGGGGCAUCAAAGGAGCAAAGGGCCACAGGGGACUUGAAGGCCGCCCAGGACCACCAGGACCUGUGGGGCCUCCAGGACCAGAUGAAUGUGAAAUCUUGGACAUCAUCAUGAAGAUGUGCUCUUGCUGCGAGUGCACCUGUGGUCCCGUCGACCUCCUCUUCGUGUUGGACAGCUCGGAGAGCAUUGGCCUGCAGAACUUCCAGAUUGCCAAGGACUUCAUCAUCAAAGUCAUUGACCGCCUGAGCAAGGACGAGCGUGUGAAGUUUGAAGCUGGGGAGUCCCGUGUGGGUGUUGUGCAGUACAGCCAUGACAACACGCAGGAGCUGGUGGCGAUGGGUGAUGCCAACAUAGACAACAUCGGGGCACUCAAACAGGCAGUCAAGAACCUGAAAUGGAUAGCUGGUGGCACCUACACUGGAGAAGCCCUGCAGUUCACCAAGGAAAACCUGCUGCGGAGAUUCACCUCUGACAAGCGCGUUGCCAUUGUCAUCACGGAUGGACGCUCGGACACGCUGCGGGACCCUACCCCUCUUAACUCUCUGUGUGAUGUCACCCCGGUGGUUUCCCUUGGGAUAGGCGAUAUUUUCCGGAACCCCCCAAAUCCAGAUCACCUGAAUGACAUUGCUUGUUUAAGCAGACCGACCAGGCCAGGACUGUCCAUUCAAAGGGACAACUACGCCGAGCUCCUGGAUGACACCUUCUUGCAGAACAUCACCUCAUAUGUCUGCCAAGAGAAGAAAUGUCCGGACUACACCUGCCCAAUCACCUUCAAUGGGUUGGCUGACAUCACGCUGCUGGUGGACAGCUCCACCAGUGUGGGGAGCAAGAACUUUGAGACCACCAAGAAGUUUGUGAAGCGGCUGGCGGAGCGGUUCCUGGAGGCUGGCAAGCCUGCCGAUGACUCUGUGCGCAUCUCAGUGGUUCAGUACAGUGGCAAAAACCAGCAGAAGGUGGAAGCUCAGUUCCAGUACAACUACACAGUCAUUGCCAAAGCCAUUGACAACAUGGAGUUCAUUAACGACGCCACGGAUGUCAACGCUGCCCUGCGGUACGUCACGGGGCUGUACCAGCGGUCCUCCCGUGCUGGGGCAAAGAAGAGGGUUCUGGUGUUUUCUGAUGGCAACUCUCAAGGGAUCACCGCGAGGGCCAUUGAGAGGGCGGUGCAGGAAGUUCAGCAGGCUGGCAUCGAGAUCUACGUGCUGGCAGUGGGCAGCCAAGCCAACGAGCCCAACAUCCGUGUCCUGGUCACAGGGAAGAGUGCAGAUUAUGAUGUGGUCUACGGGGAGCGCCACCUCUUCCGUGUGCCUGACUAUACCUCUCUGCUGCGUGGCGUCUUCUACCAAACUGUCUCCAGGAAGAUAGCUGUUGACUGAGUGUAUGGGUGGGUUUCUGCCAAGGCCAUGCCUGCUUCUGUCUUGCCUAAAAAUGAAAAUCAACAAAACAAAACAAAAAAAUAACGGUAUUCUUGACCUACCUGAGGAAUUUGCGUCUAUGCAGAUAGCCAUAGUGUCACAGCCUGGCUGUGCAUAGUCCCCUUCCUUCUCCCCCAGCUUCAUCAUUUGCAUUGCUACUCUGUUAGUCUCGAACUUCCCUCCCUGCCCAUGACUGCGUCUUCCUCCCCACAGCAGGCAAACACAAACACACCUAAUAAUAAGCUGACAGAACACCAAUAGCAACCUCAUCCCACAGGUUUUUUUGCCAAGAAAGAAUUAGGAUGAGGAAUUUUGUACCACUAAGGACUACCCUGGUUCUCAUAAGGCUGAUUAUGCUCUUUUCAGAUACCGGUGGGUUUGUUCAUUUGCUUCUUUCUUUCAUACAUCAGCUGAGCACUUGCCCAACUCACAAUGGUCCUAACACAAUGCUGUGCUUCAAGUGAAAACACUUCAGCAAAGCUUUGAGAGGGGAUUGUUGUAAUGGCUGGCAAGUUUGGUUUGUAUCUCCUAUGCCUGGGGGGCGGCGCAGGGAGGGCUGGACUGCAUUACCCAAGUUGGGUGGAAGCAUCUCUGUCCUCCAGUGCCAUGGGAUGGGGCACCGACUUCCCAGGGAUGGUGUGGAAGUGGGUGAUAGAGCAUCCCUCAGUGAUUCAGGGCAGGGAGUCUGAGCACUGACCAAAUGAAAGACAAGACAGUAGCCAUAGGGGAGGGGGGAAACCAUUGAAGAAGCUACGUAACUGCACUCCUUCACUAACAGAUCUCAUGGUCCUACAGUGAAACCAGGAACCUCAUGAAUAACCUGAUGACUUGUGUUAUAGUCCAAGCUCCAUUCUGGAAAAAUCUCUCUGAGCCCAGUUAGUGGGAUUUUUUAAAAUAUUUUUUUCAAAAGUGCCAAGCUGUCUAAUUCCCAGUAAGCUCUCUGGGAGUAUUGUUUGUAUAGGACCACCUAGGAGUUAGGCACCUGGGCCCUAGGGAAACCCACUAACUGUACUAUAUAUAUUGAUUUAGGGCCUCAUCCACAGCCCAGCGAAGUCAAGGGAAAGGCUGCCAUUAUCUAUCAGGGUUUUUGACUCACACCCUACGGAUAUACUGACAAAGGUGCUAUCACUACGUGGGUGAUAUGGGCCCUUGGUGUUUACACAGUUGUUUCCAGGACCACACUGAAAAUGUGGUUUGGCUGGGUGAGAUUUUGUUUCAGCGCUUCCAUUGGUGCUCUUGCUAUGAAUUCAUGCGCUUCUGAGAAAGCAAUAGUGAUUGCCAGGUAUCGGCAUUCCAAACUCUUUACUUUGUAUCCAAAACCCCACUGUAUGAGUUAGUUUUAUUUUAUGCCUGUGUUUUACUGAAAUUGUCCACUUUGGAAAUUUGUCAAAUAAACUGUUUUCCACAA